CCAUACAUGUCACGUAGACUGCGAACGCUUCACACCGCCAUAAACGCCAUUUGCAUGCAACUUGUCAAUGGGAGAUCAUCAGCCCUAACAAGAACUGUAUCUAUGAGACGUGCACCACCUACUACGUAGUUUUCCAUCGCCAUCGGCUGACAGACUGUUUGCACCUUGUCGACUGUUUUGACGGACAGGACAUAGCCGUGCACAGCUGCAACGUAUCGCGAACAUCAACAGAUGCUGCACCAUGUCAAGGCGACGAACUUUGACACAGGGCUGCGCAUCAAACAAGAGCAGAAGAAGCAAGACGCCAACAAACAACCACCAACGCCUACCAUCGGCAACAACAUCAACAACAAAAGAAGUAUCAAGCCUAUCCAUUGACUCAAGCUUCCCAUCUCUUCAACGGGCACCGAGUUCAAUCAACUUCUCAGGACACUCAAGCUUCCCAUUCCUAAGGGCAACAAGUCCGUCCAAUCAACCAGAAACAAUCGAAGUCACCACCAACAACCGAAGUAUGAACAACCUGCCAACCACAACGACAUCUCAAGCUUCCCAAUCUCCUCAACAGGGCAACGAGAUUUGUCAAAGUCAACUGCCCGUCAUGUCAGGGAAACAGAUCACCACGCAGCACAACUAUCAAAAGGCAAUCUUUUCGCAACCACACGGGCUAGUCUAUUUGGGUUUUUUCCGCUUUCCCAAAAGUAACAGACUGAUGAUGAAAUUACCAAGACAUGAAGUUGGCAUGUAUGCUUUCCCUUGGGCAAGGGGGCAUUCUACUAUACUUCCAUCUUUGGUUUCUUUCAUCUGUGUUAGAUAGAAAACAUCAUUUUUCGGAUCAGGUUGGAGGGAUUUUCUUGAUCACUUCGCAAAAAGUUGCCGUAGUUAGUUUUUUGGGAGGCCCUUUCUUUCUUUUUUUCUUUUUU